AAAAAACAUCACUCACCACCACCCCCUUCCCAUCAAUUGGCAGCCAACGAAGCUCCUUCUUCGACCCCGGAGCCGCCCACAUCGACGCACCCCGAUCCGAGAUCCAGAUACCCCGAUUUUUAAUCCGUCGACCUCCUCUCUCUCUUCCACAACCACCCAACCCCCCGGUCCAAGAUGUCUUCCGCCCUCGCCCGCCCGCUCAUGCGGACCACCGCUCGCACUCUCCCUUCCCGCGUCGCCGCUCGCUUUGAGUCGACCACCACCAAGAAGGCCACCGAGUCCGCAAAGGAUGCUGCCGGCAAGGCCAGCGAGUACUCGGCCAAGGCCGCCCAGGGCCUGAGCCGCGCCGCCAGCGCCGCCGGUCCCGCUCUGUCUGGUGCUGUCAACGCCCUCGGCAAGGUCGGCGGUCGCACCGGCAAGGUCAUCAACUUCAUUGAGAAGCAGGUUCCCUGGGUUGUCUACUACUCCCGCGUCACUCUUGAGCUGUCCAAGAUUGUCUUCCACGGCCAGAAGAUGGCUCCUCCCCCCGUCAGCACCUUCCAGUCCUACUUGCAGCGGGCCCUCGGCGCCGUCAAGAACCCCAACGCCCUCCUGAGCUCCGCCUCCUCAGCUGCCAGCUCCGCUGCCAACACCGCCGCCGCUGCGAAGCCCGCCACCAUCGCCUCCCGCAUUAACACCGCGACCGUGGCCACCGGUGCCGUUGUCGCUGCUGAGUGCCUCGGUUUCUUCACCGUCGGCGAGAUGCUCGGCCGCUUCAAGCUCGUUGGUUACCACGGCGAGACCCACGCCGCUGCCCACUAAACGAAGAACCUUUUGGAACUUUGCUCCCCACCGCCUCGUACCGAUUCGAAACGACGACGCGAAGGAGCAGAAGUUUGUUUCCCGGGUUAUUAAUUCAAACUGCAUCUAAAGAAAAAGAGCGCAAAUGGUGGCUUCGGGCUAUAGAAACUGGUAGGAAAGGGGGUGUUUUUAUUUUGGAACCAAAUGACAUGAAUGCUCGAUGCCUGUGGUAGAGGUUCAUGUUAUCCAGUGGCACAGCUCCCUACCGGUCGAGAUUCCAUUGACCGUCCAAGGGAGCUGAUGUACUGGAAGAGCAGCAAAGAGAAUCAGUCUCGGGGGCCUUGGAUCCGGCCACCGCCGUACGUGUUUUCUCAACAGGCCACCUUAUUAUUUCCUUAUGUAGACUCUGUACAUCACACACGUCAACCGCGGCCCACCCAUGCUGCGAAACCUGCCUCCUGCAGGUAAAUAACAGGAAACCUUUUGAACUAUAUGGCGCUCGGUGGAACCACGUUCGUAAGAGUGUAAUGGAUUGAAAGCAGAGGGUGGAUGUGAUACUUUGCAUUGGCAGGAGCCUUGACCUUGAGACUUGACCAGCACUCUGACUGGUUGGAUGAGAAUAGGCUUGUCCUUUCUGCCACUCUGCUAUAACUCACUCCAUCUCGAGAGACCAUAUUGGUCGAUGAAGGUUGUUCCUUACUGGGAACGGACUGGCAAGUUCGAUAUUACAGCGGACCCUGCCAUCUUCUCAUCCAGACCUUGAUGAUGCUAUAGAUAUGAAGCCAAAGCUGUGACGUGUUGAAUUCAGGCAUACAUUUUCAUGGUCAACGACCUUCGACGAUAAACCGGAGUUUGCGUCACAACGUCACUAUCAACUGAGCUACUCACCUUAGCCAAAUUCAGGAGAGCCCAGCUUUUUUACUUGCUUCAUCCCGACGGCCCAAGUUUUCCAUCCAUCACUCGAAAAGCACC